UGCAUCUCCCGGAAACGAUGUGGUUGUUUUGGUGUCCGCUUGUGUUGUAGUCAUUUGUCAAAGGGUGAAGUCAAACUUUUAACUAGACACUUUUGGCCACCGGAGUAAGGGUGCUUGACAGGAUUAUCUUCACUAUGCUUUGUCCGAGGUGAUGGAAUAAACUGUGUUGAGAGUGAAAGACAGACAUUUUGUUAAUUUGGCGAAUUGCGGUAGCUAGCGGUUAGCUAGCCUGGCUAACUGAGAGCUCUGUCAACAAGUUUUGUUCAGCAUGGACUGCACGGCACUGGAGCUCGAUGGCGUCAAAUUUGCCAAAACAGCUGUAACCUAUGACCAGAAAGGAAAAUAUAAUGAGGCUGUGUUUUAUUAUAAGGAGGCAGCCCAGGCUCUGAUAUAUGCUGGUAUGGCAGGAUCGAAACUGGAAGGAAUCCAGGACAAAGUGAAUGAAUACCUGGAUCGGGUUCAAGCUCUCCACAAUGCUGUCCAGGCACAGAAAAGCGACCCGCUGAAGUCCCGGCAGCAGGUGGAUCUGGAGCGCGCCCACUUCCUGGUUACGCAGGCCUUUGAGGAAGAUGAGAAGGGGAAUGAUGAUGAAGCUAUUGAAUUGUAUACUCAGGCUGUGGAGCUCUGCAUUAAGACAUCCAAUGAGACAUCGGACCAGGCGCUGCAGAACAAGCUGAAGCAGUUAGCACGUCAAGCUUUAGACAGGGCGGAAGGUCUGAAAGAAUCCCAGUCCAAAUCGACUCCAAGCCAGACUCAGGACAGGACAGGGUUUUCUGGUACCAAGUCCAACAGUGGUGCCAAUUCUGGGGGACCAGUCCGCCAGUUUUUCCCCCUCGGUCCAGACUUCAGCCUCAACGACCGACAGCAGCCCCAGCCCGUCCGGGCAGUCCAGUCCAGUGAGCCCCACGGUCAGCGCUACACGGCUGAGGAGAUCGAGGUGCUCAGGAGUACAUCUACAAUCAAUGGCAUAGCCUAUGUGCCCUUCAUGAGUGUGGACCUGAAGGAGCGAUUCGCCUUUCCUGUACCUUUCUCGGACAAAUAUGGAAAACUGGCAUUGUCACCCAAACAGAAAGCCAUCUUCUCCCGCUGGGUUCGGCCCGACGAGAUCUGCAAUAACCCCACAAUGAUCAUGUCUGUGUCCAGCUUCAGCAUCAAACAGACUGUGGUGUCUGACUGUUCAUUUGUGGCGUCACUUGCCAUUAGUGCAGCCUAUGAGAGGCGCUACAACAAAAAACUCAUCACCAGCAUAAUCUAUCCUCAGAACAGACGAGGGGAGCCAGAGUAUAACCCUUGUGGGAAAUACAUGGUCAAACUUCACAUCAAUGGAGUUCCUAGGAAGGUGAUUAUAGAUGACUACCUGCCAGUGGAUCGCAACGGAGAGCUGCUGUGCUCCUACUCCAGCAACAGGAAUGAGCUCUGGGUCUCCCUGAUAGAGAAGGCCUACAUGAAGGUGAUGGGUGGCUACGACUUUCCUGGCUCCAACUCGAAUAUCGAUCUGCACGCGCUCACUGGCUGGAUCCCUGAACGCAUCGCUAUGCACUCUGACAAUCAGUCAUUCAGCAAGGACGACACGUUCCGCAUGCUCUUCCAGAGGUUUCACAGAGGUGAUGUUCUCAUCACCACGGCAACAGGCGUGAUGACAGAGGAAGAAGGGGAGAGAUGGGGUUUGGUGCCAACACACGCCUACGCUGUUCUUGACAUCAGGGAAUACAAAGGAAUGCGCUUCCUGCAGCUGAAGAAUCCGUGGAGUCAUCUACGGUGGAAGGGACGCUACAGUGAGCGAGAUGAGAAGAACUGGACACCUGAGCUCCUCAAAUACCUCAACUUUGAUCCUAAGACAGCACAGAAGUUUGACAACGGUGUUUUCUGGAUUGCAUGGGAGGACCUUUGUCAGUACUAUGAUGUCAUCUACCUGAGCUGGAAUCCUGCACUUUUUAAAGAUUCCUCCUGCAUUCACAGUAGCUGGGAUGGUAAACAGGGCCCAGUGAAAGAUGUCUACAGUCUGGCCAACAAUCCUCAGUACAAGCUGGAGGUCCAGUGCCCAACAGGGGGAGCUGCGGUGUGGGUGCUGCUCACCAGACACAUCACUGACAAGGAUGAUUUUGCACAAAACAGGGAGUUCAUCACUCUCGUCGUUUACAAGACAGAUGGCAAGAAGGUCUACUAUCCAGCGGACCCCCCUCCUUACAUUGAUGGCAUCCGCAUCAACAGCCCACAUUAUCUGACUAAGAUGAGGCUGACCAGUGCAGGAACACACACUUUCACUCUGGUGGUCUCCCAGUACGAGAAACAGAACACCAUCAACUACACACUGCGGGUGUACACCGGAUGCAAAUUCACCUUUUCCAAGAUCCCAAAUCCCUUCACUCACUCAAAAAGGAUCAAUGGCCAGUGGAAGGGGGUCAGCGCUGGGGGUUGUGGGAACUAUAAGGACUCAUACAAACACAACCCUAUCUAUCAGAUCAACCUGGAGCGGUCCGGGCCGCUGCUCAUCGAGCUCCGAGGAUCCAGGCAGUACAGUGUUGGUUUUGAAAUGGUGACAGUGUCAACAGUGGGUGAUCCGGGCCCAGCAGCCUUCCAGAAGAAGACCAGUGGAGAUUACAGAUGUGGUUUCUGCUACAUGGAAGCAGAACACGUCCCUGCAGGCAUCUAUAAUGUCAUCCCCACCACUUUCCUGCCCAAACAGGAAGGACCCUUCUUCUUAGACUUUGCAAGUACUUCACCUCUCAAAGUCUCCCAGUUGCAGUAAAGAUGGAACUGGAGAGAGUACGAAGCAGGAUUUGGAGGAAGGUACUUAACGGCAUCAUGGGAUAUUUCUGCAACGGCACUUUGGAUGUAAUGAGAUGUCAAGACCUCAUUAAAGCCCCAGGAGCCCAGAAUGUGACUGCUGCUAUCCUUGCCCUCUUUCUCUCUCCGAAACUAUCGCUAAAUGGGCAGAUUGUGGACUUGAAUUUCAGCGUUGACACCACAUCACUAUUGUGAAGAAACAAGUUAUUGAUAAGGAAUAACCAAGAGGCACUUCGGUGUGGAAUAAAGCCCAUAACCAUCAAGGCAUAAAACAUGCGUUCACCAUAAAUUAAACAGCCAUUACCAGUCUGACCAAGUAAUGCUGUUCAAAGCGGUACCUUUCACCACACACAAAUUCUCCACCAGAUUGAAUAAUUAGCCUCAACAUUGUUGUUCUCGUCAGACAGUCAAAUCUAAUAGAUUUCACAAGACAUUAGUGAUCAUACGACCACAUCCUGGAUACAAGAGGGUGUGGAAAAGUAACAGGGUUGCAGCGAGCUGCAAAGCUGAUGCCAAGGCUAUUUAGAAGCAGCAGAUUCUUCUUCCCCUCCUCCUCCUCUUCCUGCUCCUCCUUCUUCUUCUUCUCCUUCUUCUUCUACUACUUCUCCUUCUUCUCCUCCUCCUUCACAGGCUCUGUUUUGCUGCAAUGAGCACCUUGACAAUACAAAAGUAGUUGCCCUUGGUUUUGGAAUCACACGUUAAACUUUCACAUGCAAAUCAAAUGUUUAAAUGUCCACAUACUUUUGACCAAAAUCUGGAUCUAAUUAGAGACUUCAAAUCCAGUUUUACAUUGAUUCAGUUGUACGAAGACUUCAUGAUGGUGUUUAUAUGCCAAAUCAAGCAAAGUAAAAAAUAAUACACCAGGAAUUAAACCAAACUGAACCAGAAAAUGAUCAAAUGUGGGUCAGUCAUAGGAACUGCAUAGAUGUAGAGACCACAGUGUGGGUCUGCUGUUCUGAUGCUCAUUAUUGCAAAACGACUUGAAGAAAAAUUUCCUUGAUGCAAAACAAAACGCUUCCUCAAAUAAGUAUCAGAUCAUAUGAUCUUUUCUUGAAAUAAUAUGUAGAAACUGAUUAAACUUGGCGACUUGUCACCUGGUUUGUUGUCCGAGUUAAACAAGCUGCCAAAAUUAAAAACAUUUUAAAAAGCUGUCAUUUUAAAGUCUGUCAGGUGGAACGGACAGUUAGUUUCCUUGAGUGACCAUGAAAGUUUCUUUAUUCUCAGGAGCAGUGCAGCAGAGCAGCACCACAGGGAAUCCAGUAUGGCAGCAGUUGAAUGAUUUCUCUUCAUGUUGUCUGUGGAUGUGACAGCUGAGUGAGAAAUAUCAGCCUGAUUUCACUGACAGGCCUCACGUCAGCAUUGUUUGAGACACACAGCGUAGGUGUUACACCUGUGUGUGUGUAUGUGUGCGUGCAUGAGGAAGUGAUUGUCACUGUCAACCUUUUACAGGUAAAAACUUAAAUGUAUUGCCAAGUCAUCAUAUUCUGUUUACUUUUUUGUCGAUGUACUGCACUUUUUUUUUUUAGAUCAUUUCUCAUCAAGUUUACUGUCAAACAAAAAUCUGUAGGAAUGCUUUGAUUUCUUAAAGCAAGCAGCAGCUUAUCUAAAGUCACCAAUCACUCUUUUGUGUUGUGGUUGUGUGAGAUUUGGGUCCUGGAUAGAUGUCAUAGUUGACCCCCAUUCAGCAGCGCUGAGUGUUGAAAUGAACAUAGAGGUUAUGUUGCAUCACAUGGAAGCAGUCAGCAUCUGUCACACUCUAACUGUACUGUGUGCAGAUGUUUGUUUCUGAGACACUCAGUGACUCACUGUUGAAUGAGACGACAUGGACAGUGUUGACUUUCACUGCAUUGUAACUCGCUGCUUGAACCACGCUUUUUGUUCUCUCUUGUGUUGCUGUGAUUGAACUCACAAUCUACAGGUUUUUUCAUUUAUUUAUUUUUUUUUUUUAAAAGAAAAAAAAUGAAGCACCAGAAUUUUUAGAAUGAAAGAUUAUUUGUGACCCUGAGAACAUGCAGUCAUUUGACAAAUGAUGUUAAGAUCCACUCACUAACUAAUCUUUGAAGUUUUUAACUGUGUCCCAGUUGUCAUUGAGUUGGUGGUGGUCAUGUGACACUCUACAGAAGCAUCUCCUUGGCAGCUGUGCAUUGGUUGUGAGGGAAAUCACCAGAAAAAUCUUAAGUGAAGUCAAAUGACUCUAGUUUUAUUUUCAGAAUUCAAAUUUAAGUAACCGUUGACACUCGUGCAAUGUAUUUCAGUCAGAAAUGUUGACAUAUGGGGUUAAUAGUAGCACCAGUAUGACUGACUACACAGUUGUUUUAGUGUUGCUGCUGCAUGUCAUGAAACUAUCUGUGUUCUCUGAGCUCGAUGCACAGCUGUAAGCUGCUGCAAGCCCCCUCCUCAUGCUGUGCACUGCAGUGUAAUAACCGGGAAAUAUAACACACCCAUGCUCUGAAGUAACACUUUCACAUUGCUUAAAUUGCCUGGCAAAACCCACAAUUUACAAUAACACACAAUGCAAAAGCAGCAAAUUGUCACAUUUCAGAAGCUGGAAGAAGAAAUGUAUUUGGCAUUUUUGCACAAAUUAUUAAUUGUCAAAAUUGCUGUUGAUGUAUUUUCAAGUCUCUCAAUUAUUGCAGUCUGUGUGGAUGUGUGCUUGUAGCUCUCAUUCUGUCUGGACUUCACCAGACUCAACAGGCCAUGGUGAACUGAAUGUGGACAAUAUUACUGUACUGUAAGGUUUCAUUACAUUAACCACAAACUUUGGCUUUGCCAUACAAUCAGUUAAUUUUGAUUUCAAAUCCUUGCCGUGACUCAACACCAAGACAACUUAACAUGGAAAUAUUGUCUGUGUCAUUGUUCCAUGUGCAGUGGAGGCUGACUCUAAAGGAACGAAUAAUACUGGUGUGUCCAAAGGUUGAAAUGAUCUGUUCAGAGUGGAAAAUAGCUUUAAAUAUCCAUUGCCAUGUACCUCUGUUCACCUGUUAAUUUAAUAAUAUCCUUCUGUUUCACAUUCUGUUAAGUCUGUUGAAUUGCCAACUCAUUUAAGAUGCAGCAGGACAAUCUUGCAGCAACCUCGUGUGAAUGAUGAUGUGAUGUUUGCGGAACUUGCACUAAAUGUUGGGUCGACUGAUGUGUUCAAGAUUUGAAUACAGCAAAUUAUCUCUG